AUGUCUACUAUCGACCGAAUCUUGGAGAAGUUCAAGGACAUAGUUGUCCGAGUCCCAUCUAUGUAUUCAUUGUCCCCUUCCUGGUAUGCUAGGGUGACUCCAGACUUGGACAGAAAAGUGGAGGAACAUGUAGAAUCAUGGCGUCAACGCUGGCUACUGGAGCCUACGGCUUACAAGCAGAACCUGGCUGCCGACUGCGGUUACUUCGCACGAGCUACAAACCCAAACGCCAACGUGGCGAACUUGCAGAUUGCAGCAAGAUUCACUAGCUGGAUUUUCGCUUGGGAUGACGAACCUCUCCAACACCUCCUCUGCGACGAACUUUGCAGCUAUGUCGCAGGGGCAGUCAGAUCCGAAGAUGCGUUUCAGGAUGGUGUCAUCAUGGACCUAGACGUCUAUCUAGAGAACAGGGUGCAAGCUUCAGCUGUCUAUCCCGUCAUAGUGUUUGCUUCGAUUGUACAGGAUAUCACUCUCCCAGCUUGGUUUAUCAACCAUCCUGUACCAAAGGAAAUGAUGAGACACAUCAACAUCAUGCUAUCAUUAAUGACAUUGUCUCUACUCGCAAUGAAUUGGUAA